AUGUCGCGUCCAGCUCUGAGGCAUUCCGGGCAGAUGCGCUGUCUUUCGCUUUGCUUCAUCGCCUGCCUUUCGUGUGGCUCCGGUCUUGACUGCUCUGGCAUCCGAGAAUGCGGCACCUGCGCAGUCAGUUGCUCGUCCUUGGCGAAUUGCCAUGCUUGUGCGAAAGAGGGUGGCUGCGCAUGGGAUGCGAAGAACUUGAAAUGCGUGGAGCGAGCGAGAAGUGCAUUCAACACAGCUUGCGAGAGCUCAGACGCCGACUCCAGCUGCCUUAUCUCAUCUUCCGAGAAGUGCCCUUCCACGGCCAGUGGGCUUUGCUCCGAGUACAAAGAUGACUUGAAAGCUUGCCUGAGGGACCCAGCAUGCGGUUGGUCCACACAGCUGUCUGAUCGAGAUGUCGUGGGUGGAAGUUGCGUUGAGGCAAAUGUCCCUUUCGCUGCAUGUCGUGGAGGCGAUCUUUUCUCGUACUUUGAUGCUGAGCCCCAUUGCAAUGCCCUGCGCAAUUGCUCAGUUUGCAUCGCUGAAGAGCAGGUGAGCUGCACAUGGUGCUCAGGAGAGCUCCUUGACGACUACACACCACGCACCUCGCGCUGUGUCCUCAGCCGUGGUGCCAUGGGAGGCACGGGUGAUCGAUCAGCUGCUGCUCACAAAGGACACUCCUGUGCAGCAUUUUCAGAUACUGCUGACAAAUGCGAUCACUGCAGCCAGUUCUCUACCUGCGACGAUUGCAUUAAAGAUCCCGGUUGUGGAGCUUGCCUGGCCGCUUCUGGUAAAGCUAGUUGUGUCGAGGGCGACCGUCAUGAUCGAUUUAGCAGCUGCCAAAUGCAAGAGCCCAUGAAGUUCUGGGCGCAUGAGGGCGCAGGGAGUGGGCAAGGAUCCCAGUGUAUGAACAGCGAUGUUUGCCGCAUGGCCACCUCAUGUCCACAGUGCCAGGCCAUUCCACCCUCCCACGGCCUCGACUGCGUGUGGUGCAACAACUCAGUGCCACUACAGUCUGCGCCCGCCGAGAGCUCUCCAUGCCGAAGGAGAGACCUUUGCCCCGCCCAGAGUCGUCAUCCGAAUGGCGAGUGUGCCCCGAGCAUGCUGGCGCCCUUCUGUUCCAGCUACAAGUCAUGCAGUGAAUGCAUUGCCCAGCACACCUGCGCAUGGGCGCCCGCGGAGGGCUGCAUCCGCAGCAGCAGUGCAUACUCCACCUCUUUCUUGCCUUACGUCUGGGGAGAUGCAGCGAAGUGCCCCGAAGUCUGUGGCAGCCACAAGGACAGCACUAGCUGCACCAAGCAUGAGGGCUGUGGAUGGUGCAGUCCCAGCGCCGGCUGCUUUCCUGGAGACUCCUCAGGCUGCCACAGGGAAACAGUGCACGCCAUGGUGCUAUGGAAAGAAGCCCUGCAGCUCAGGCGCGAAGUCCGCGAAUUCAUUUCGCGAUUUCGACAGGGAGGAUCGAGCGGCAAUGGCGAGAUCGCCCUCGGACGGCUGUAG